UUCCUCAUUCUGCUGCUGCCCUGGAGCCCUCACACACCCGCCCCAAGAGCCAGAGCCUCGGGGACCAGAAAACCUCACACUCAGCGGCUCAGCUUUUUAAUAAGGACCCUUACAGUCACGCAUCGCCCAGCCAUUGGAAGAGGAUUGAGAAAGCAAAGAUUAAAAUGAUCUGCUUCAAGUUUCUGAUGUCGAAAGAAUUUUUCAGGAAACUUCUGGUCACUUACGGGAUGUGAUUGCAAAAUCUCAAGAAAAUGCAACUGAACUGAGUUCCAGCUCAAAGAGCCUUGUGAAGAUUUAUUUCAAGUUCCUAAUAUAAAAGUAGACGUUCUCAGACAAGCCCUGGAAGAAAGGCAAAGCUUUGAUAUGAAUGAACAAGUAACCCUACCAGAACUGGUCAAAGACUGGACCAAAGAGCAUGUGAAAAAAUGGGUAACUGAAGAUCUUAAGGUUGAUGAGAAAUAUGGCCAAAUUUUACUGAAUGAAGAAGUGACAGGGCUGGUCCUGAAGGAAUUAACAGAAGAUGAUCUGAAAGAAAUGGGGUUACCACGGGGUCCAGCACUUUUGAUAAAACGUGCGUGUAACAAACUACUUAAUAGUUCCCCUGAAAGUGACAAUCAGGAUUCUGGAAAAUUAGAUAAUAUAAAACCAUCCAAGAAAAAACAGCAAAAAAAGCCAAAACAGAAAAGUAAAGAAGAGGGAACAUCCAUGUCUCUCAAUAUUGAUCAUGAUCUGAGAGAGACUACAGAAAUUGAAGUCCAAGAAUCAAUUCCUUUGAAGGAAAAAGCGUUGGAUGAAACAGUGAAUGCUGCAGACAAGGAAAAUGCAAUACAAACCGAACGGUUGACUUGUAUGCCAUACCCUUUUGAUCAGUUUCAUGACAGCCAGCGGUAUAUAGAACAUUACAUUCUACAACCUGAAACGGGACCACUCAAUCUCAUCGACCCAAUACAUGAGUUCAAAGCUCUCACAAAUACAGCAGCAGCCACAGAAGAAGAUAUUAAAAUGAAAUUUAGCAAUGAAGUCUUCCGAUUUGCAUCAGCUUGCAUGAAUUCACGCACCAACGGUACUAUUCAUUUUGGAGUCAAGGACAAACCCCAUGGAGAAAUUGUUGGUGUAAAAAUCAGCAGUAAGGAUGUCCUAAUUAAUCACUUCAACGUAAUGAUCAAAAAGUAUUUUGAAGACAGUGACAUCAAUGAAGCCAAGAAGUGUAUUCGGGAGCCAAGGUUUGUGGAAGUCCUGUUGCAGAACAGCAUGCCAUCCGACAGAUUUGUCAUUGAAGUCGACGUUAUUCCAAAACACUCGGUGUGUAAAGAAAAGUAUUUCUACAUUAAGAUGCAGAGUUGUAAAGAUAACGUGUGGAAGCAAAACCAAGAAUAUUCACUGUUUAUAAGAGAAGGGGCUAGCUCCAGGGAUAUCCUCGCCAACGCCAAGCAACGAGAUCCAGAUUUCAAAGCAUUUACACAAAAUUUAAAGUCACUGGUAGCAUCUAGAAAAGAGGCUGAAGAAGAAUAUGGACGGAAAGCAACUAAGAAGGAGAGUGAAGGACUAAAGCUGGUGAAGCUUCUCAUAGGAAACCGGGACUCGCUGGAUAACUCAUACUACAGCUGGUACAUUCUUGUAACAAACAAAUGCCAUCCAAACCAAACAAAGCACUUAGAUUUUCUAAAGGAAAUCAAGUGGUUUGCUGUGUUGGAGUUUGAUCCUGAAUCUGGGAUCAAUGGAGUGGUCAAAGCUUACAAAGAAAGCCGAGUAGCCAACCUUCACUUUCCAAGUCAGUAUGAAGACAAGACGAGUAGCCUGAGAGAGAAGAUUUCUACCCUGAAUCUUUAUCAGCAGCCCAGCUGGGUCUUCUGCAACGGGAGAUCAGACUUGACAAGUGAGACUUACAAACCUUUCGAACCACAUCUGUGGCAGAGAGAAAGAGCUUCUGAGGUCAGGAAACUGAUUUUCUUUCUCACCGAUGAAAAUAUAAUGGCAAGAGGGAAAUUUUUAGUUGUGUUUCUACUACUGUCUUCAGUGGAAAGUCCAGGAGAUCCACUCAUUGAAACGUUCUGUGCUUUCUACCAAGCUCUCAAAGGAAUGGAAAAUAUGUUGUGCAUCUGUGUAAACUCACAGAUUUAUCAACGGUGGAAAGACUUACUGAAAACAAGACUGACGGUGGCACAUGAAUUAUCAAACCACAGCAUUUCCACUUUAAAUCUAGAACUCGUAAACAGUACUAUCCUUAAACUCAAAUCAGUGACUCGGUCAUCAAGAAGGUUUUUGCCUUCACGUGGAUCUUCGUCAGUCAUCCUGGAAAAGAAGAAGGAAGAUACAUUGACCGCUCUGGAAAUCCUCUGUGAAAAUGAGUGUAGGGACACAGACAUAGAGAAAGAUGAAUCUAAAUUCCUAGAGUUUAAGAAAUCCAAAGAAGAACACUUCUAUCGAGGUGGCAAAGUGUCCUGGUGGAAUUUUUAUUUUUCUUCGGAAAAUUAUUCUUCAGCUUUUGUGAAAAGGGACAGUUACAAAGAACUUAAGAAUUUAAUACAGUGCUGGGCAGAGUCUCCAAGACCAGUAUUUGCAAAAAUCAUCAAUCUUUAUCAUCAUCCAGGCUGUGGGGGCACCACAUUGGCUAUGCAUGUUCUCUGGGACCUAAAGAAAAACUUCAGAUGUGCUGUGCUCAAAAACAAAGCAACUGAUUUUGCAGAAAUUGGGGAACAAGUGACCAAUCUGAUCACCUAUAAGGCAACCUGCCAUCAGGAUUACAUUCCUGUGCUCCUCCUGGUAGACGAUUUUGAAGAACAGGAAAAUGUCUACAUUCUACAGAACGCCAUCAAUUCCAUUUUAGCAGAGAAGGACUUGCGAUAUGAAAAAACAUUGGUUAUUAUCUUAAACUGCAUGAGAUCCCAGAAUCCAGAUGAAAGUGCAAAAUUAAUAGACAGUAUUGCACUAAAAUACCAACUUUCUCCCAAGGAACAGAGAGCUUUUGGGGCCAAACUAGAGGAAAUUGAAAAGCAGCACAAAGACUGUGAAAACUUUUAUUCCUUUAUGAUCCUGAAACGCAAUUUUGAUGAGACAUAUAUUAAAAAUGUGGUCAGGAACAUCCUGAAAGGACAGGAUGUCUACAGCAAGGAAGCACAGCUCAUUUCCUUCCUGGCCCUGCUCAACACUUACGUUACGGAUUCCACAAUUUCAGUGUCACAGUGCGAAAUAUUUUUAGGAAUCAUUUACACGAGUACACCCUGGAAACCUGAGAGCCUGGAAGAUAAAAUGGGCACAUAUUCUACCCUUCUAAUAAACACAGAAGUCUCAGAAUAUGGGAGAUACACGGGUGUGCGUAUCAUUCACCCACUGAUUGCCAUUCACUGUCUCAAAGAACUAGAGGAAAAACAUCACUUAAAUAAACAUCACAUUGCAUUGAAGCUAUUAAAUGAGAACUUAUUCUAUGAUUUCGGUAUAGGAAGAGACAAAUUUCAACACGAUGUGCAAACCCUUUUGCUUACAAGACGGCGCAAGGAGUAUGGAGAUGAAACAGACACUUUGUUUUCCCCAUUAAUCGAAGAUUUACAGAACAAGGAAAUUGAAGAGGUCUUGGUGGCAGGAUGCAGUCGAUUUCCACAAAAUGCAUUCAUUUGCCAAGCCUUGGCAAGACACUUCUACAUUAAAGAGAAGAACUUCGAGACUGCUCUCGAAUGGGCAAAUCUGGCCAAAACCAGAGCACCUAAAAACUCCUACAUCUCAGACACCCUCGGUCAGGUCUACAAAAGUAAAAUCAAGUGGUGGCUGGAUGAAAACAAAAACAGUAAGGUCAUUACUGUUAAAGAUCUAACGCAUUUACUAGAAGCUGCUGAAAAGGCCUCAGGAGCUUUCAAAGAAUCCCAACAGCAAACUGACAGUAAAAACUACGAAACCGAGGCGUGGUCAGCACAGAAGUCCCAGAGGAGGUAUGACACGUAUAACACAGCCGGUUUCUUUGGUGAAAUAGAAGUCGGUCUAUACACUAUCCAGAUCCUUCAGCUUACUCCUUUUUUCCACAAAGACAACGUAUCGUUUCUAAAACCCAUGGUGCAGUUUCUAUCAGGAAAGGGAGACAUCCCAUUUGAUGCAAGAAAUGAGUAUUACUUGGCUCUUAGCAAGUUCACAUCCCUUCUGCAAAAUUUACAGUCAAAUCUGAAAAGGUGCUUUGACUUUUUUAUUGAUUAUAUGGUGCUUCUGAAAAUGAGGAACACCCAGAAAGAAAUGGCGGAAAUACUGUUAAGCAAAAAAGUCAGUCGUUGUUACAAGAAAUACAGAGACCUUUUCUGCAUUUUGGAUCCAAGUCCAUUACACAGCAAAGAGAGUCAGUUACUCCUGGAGGAGAAUUGCAGGAAAAAGCUAGAAGCUUGGAGAGCUGAUAGGUUUUCUGGACUCCUGGAGUAUCUUAGCCUAAACCACAAAGAAGCCACAAGCACCAUGGAAAAUAUAGUAGAUGAAUAUGCCUUCCUGUUGAAGCAAAACCCAAACAAACGGCUGACAAAGGAGAAACAGAAUUUCAUUCUGGCCAACAUUAUUCUCAGCUGUCUGAAACCCACCUCCAAGUCCAUUCAACCUCUGAACAUGCUUAAAAAACAGCUCCGAGAAGUGCUGCAACUCGUAGGACUACAUCAUCAAUAUUCCGACCCUUAUUUCUUGGCUUGCCUCCUAUUCUGGCCAGAAAACCAAGAACUGGAUCAAGACUCCAAACUAAUGGAGAAGUAUGUUUCAUCCUUAAACAGAACCUUCAGGGGACAGUACAAGCGCAUGUGCAGAUCGAAACAGGCAAGCACGUUUUUCUACCUGGGCAAGAGGAAGGGGUUCAAUGGUCUUGUUCUCAAAGCCGAAAUAGAGCAGUACUUUAGUAAGGCGCAAAAUAUAAACUCCCUCUGGCAGAGUGGAGAUGUGUGGAAAAAAAAAGAAGUCAAAGACCUCCUGCAUCGUCUCGUUGGUCAGGCCGAGGGCAAGCUAAUCUCCAUUGAAUAUGGGACGGAGGAAAAAAUUAAAAUACCAGUGACAUCUGUGUAUUCAGGUCCACUCCGCAGUGGGAGGAACAUAGAAAAAGUGUCCUUCUACCUGGGAUUUUCCAUUGAAGGCCCUCUGGCAUAUGAUAUAGAGGUAGUUUAAGAAAAUCAUUGGUGCACUGCACAGGUCCACCUCUCUGGGACUGCAUUCCCUUUCUCUACGGCCAUGUCAUUUUUGUGACAUUAUGGGUUUAUUGCUAUAAUUUUGCUUUUGUCUCCCAAAUGAAUUAUAAACCUUUUUUGUAGGGCAGGAAAUAUAUCUACACACAGAGCUUGGUAUAUGGUAAGGUCAAUCAUAUAACAUUUUGGGGCCACCACUGUGGGUAAAGCUGCCACCUGCAGUACCGGCAUCCCAUAUGGGCGCCAGUUCAAGUUCCAGCUGCUCCACUUCCAAUCCAGCUCUCUGCUAUGGCCUGGGAAAGCAGUGGAGGAUGGCUCAAGUCCUUGGGCCUCUGCACCCACAUGGGAAGACCCAGAGGAAGCUCCUGGCUCCUGGCUUCAGAUCUGCACAGCUCCAGCUGUUGCAGCCAUUUGGGGAGUGAACAAGUGGAUGGAAGACCUCUCUCUCCCUCUCUCUGCCUUUGCCUCUCUGUAACUAUGCCUUUCAAAUAAAUAAGUAAAUCUUUUAAAAAAUCAUAUAACAUUUCAAAUAUGUAUUUUCAAGGUGAUAUACUUAAAAAGUUCUAGUUAUUACCCACUUGUAAGCUCAUAACUGCUUAGGGGUCAAUAAAAGUCUGUUCUAAUUUGA